CACAAAGGACUUACCAGUGAAUGAACUGAGUCAAGCACAAGCUGUUGAAAUAGUAAAAGCCUCUCUCCUCCGAUCUUUAUCACCCAGAGCAACCAGACAGACACCGACGCCAUUGCAGUGCACAGGAGAACCCUACCCUGGGUGAAGCUACAUCAAUAGAGCAUGCUACGUAGGAAUAUACCUUCUCUUCAAGAAAACAACAGACUCCACUGAACUGAGAGUCUGUUUUUCCUUUCAAUUCUCCCCAGAAUUAUUCUAUUUUCUCAUUCUAGGACAGCAUUGCUCCUCUCCUCAGCGACUACCCUCGGAGCAGACACUCCCACAACACACCAGGACACCCCAGUCUGACCAAACAAAAGUUGUGGAAACCUAUCAACUUUGGAGAGAAGCCUAUCUAUACGGCCGGAUAUAUACGGUGGCCUUCCAGUGCAGAGAGAGAGUGACAUUUGGGGAGAGAAAGAGGUGAUUUGGGGAUUUUUCUCUCUUCUGGUGGGCCUGUGAAAGUCUGUCAAGACGCCGCGUGCCGUGCUCCGCGUGAAGAAUGCCCAGGCGAGGAUGGCCAAGCCGGCUGAGCCAGCACCAACACCUGGGCUCUACAUGGAGCGCUCGCAGAGUCGGAUCAGCCUGUCGGCCUCCUUCGAGGCCCUGGCCAUCUACUUCCCCUGCAUGAACUCUUUUGAUGAGGACGAUGUCGGUAAGCAGCCUAAAGAUGCUGAGGGUAGAAGGCUAAAGGGGAUCCAAAGGAGCACUGAGACGGGACUGGCUGUAGAGAUGCCCAGCCGCACUGUACGCCAGGCCAGCCACGAGUCCAUUGAAGACAGCAUGAACAGCUACGGCUCAGAGGGCAAUCUAAAUUACAGUGGGAUGUGCCUUGCCUCUGACGCCCAAUUCAGUGACUUCCUAGAUGGGAUGGGCCCUGCACAGUUUGUUGGGCGACAGACAUUAGCCACAACAUCAUUGGGUGAUGUUGAAAUAGGCCUGCUGGAGCGAAAUGGUGGUUUGGAGGUGGAGAUUGUGCAGGCCAGAGGACUCACACAGAAACCUGGAUCCAAAGGACCUCCAGCGGCUUACAUUAAAGUGUACCUACUUGAAAAGGGGAUCUGUGUUGCAAAAAAGAAGACAAAGUCAGUUAGGAAAUCCCUGGACCCUCUGUAUAACCAAGUGCUGGUGUUCUCGGAGAGUCCACAGGCGAAAGUCGUUCAGGUGAUUGUUUGGGGAAACUACGGACGCAUGGAUCGUAAAUGUUUCAUGGGUGUCGCCCGCAUCUUAUUGGAGGAGCUGGAUUUGACGAGCAUGGUGAUUGGCUGGUACAAGCUUUUCCCCACCUCGUCCAUGGUGGACCCCACAAUGGCACCGUUGAUCCGGCACUCUUCCCAACUGUCCUUGGAGAGCACCGUGGGCCCAUCCUUUGAGCGCUCUUAAGAACUUUGCUUACUGGCUCUUUUUGAACACACCCUUCCCUUUGUGUGCCACCCAAAAGAAAUGCACUACCCCUUCAGAGGGACAUAUACUGACCGUAGUGUACUGCUCUGAGAUGGUUAGUGACACUGGCCGUGCACUGUUUUUCAGAAGAAAACAGCAGAUAAAGGGGGCACCAUAGGUCUAGAAAGACUUUGAGAAUAGGAUUUCCUUGUUCUUACUCUUGACUUGGGCUGUUUUCUUUUUACAUGGCCCCAGAUAAUAUGUCAAUGCGUGUCAUGGGAGCAAGAGAGAGGUUUGCAAACCUCCUCUGGGGAGGUUUCAUUCCUGUGUUCUGGUGGCAGCCAUUGGGUCUGAAGCUGAAGGUUGCAACACAGAGGGGAAUGUGCAAUAUCAUGGUUAUAAUGUAGCUGGUACAGAAGCAAACAAGCCAACACAAGUUCUAGACAUCUACCACCAAGGGAAGCAGAUUAUCUCUACAAUAAAAUAAGCCAAGGUGAGAAUUCAAAUUUAAAUUGAGCUUAAGUGUUGUUUGAAUAGAUUUAAGAUUGUCUUUGAAGCUUGGCUAAUAUUCUAACAGUUUCAACUGUGCCAAUUUACCAGUAAGUGUCUUGACUUUGUGGCUUGUGCCAUUGUUCAAAAGGAUAAUUUUGGAACGGAAACAUCUGAUUACAGCUCGUGACAGAGGCACUGAAGCUUCAGUUAGAGCUGCCCUUUUUUAAAUUACAAUCAUCAUUAUGACACUGUCAAAGCAGGUAGUGAUUAACACAACUCCACAAGUGAAGCUGUGAGGAAAGCUUGAAAUAUAUUUUUUCAUCAUCAACAAAGGUCUGAGAGGAAAUAUGACAGAUAAUAUAAUUAAAUCAAAUGAAUUUACAGAAAAUUGUAGAGCUGUAGGGUAAUGAAAAUAACAUGUAUUUUAUUUGGCCACUUUAUUAUAGAUGUUUUUUUUAAUGAAUGUUAGUCUUGAGUGAGCCAAAGUGUGUUUUUUGAUUUAUUUGAUUCAUGUUCAAAGGGCAGAGAUGCAGAACUUGGUAGCAUAGUAAGGUUGUAGCAAUAGGUGGUAGCAUCUGCAUGACAGAAUACCGUAUUAGCUUAUCACAAAAUAAUAAUAGUAAGCAUGAGAUAUUACAAGGGAAUGUGAAACAGCACAAGUUGGUUAAAACUAAAUUGUACAUUGAUUGAGGAGCUAAACGACAAAACACACAGUGCCAACGAACAGUUAAAAGUGGUUCAACGUAGAAUGGUCGGGAAAUAAACAGAAGAUUAUGGCCAAUGUUCUGGUCAGAGGGGAUAGGAUGGACACCCACGGCUUUUAACCAUUCACUGGAACAUUGUGUAUUGUCCUUAACAUGUAGCAGUUAAAUUCAGAUUUAUGAAGAUUAUUGCAAUUCUGACUUAUGUGCUACUGUCGAAAACAGAAUAUCUGUAUUAAAUAUUAAGAAACAAGUGUAUUUGGUCCGUUUAAGUACUAUACAGAACACCUGAAUCUAGCUUGAAUGAGCCUACAUGUUGUGCAUAAUGUAUUAAGUCAACAUUUUUAUGAAAUGUAAAAAAACAUAUAUAUAAUAUGGAGACAACAUUUUGAAAAUGCUGAAUUAACUUGAAGACUAAAUUCAAGUCUUAAGAUGAACAUUAAAUUGUAGGCACAGCAUCAAAGUGGUAAAGAUUAGAGCUCACUAGAGCAGGUAGCACUGGUACAGGAAUAUGUUACUAAGACUUAAUGUUUUGAAACAUGUAUUUUUCCAACCAAUAUCUUCAUUUUGUAAAGCAAUAAGUAGCAGCACCCAUCCACAACAAUCCAUAACAAACCUCCAUGUUUUGUCCCUCGAAGUGUGAUGUAUAAGGCUAAAACUAUAAUUAAGCUAAUACAACCUGUAAGUAAUUUAUAUGCAAUCCAGUGUAGACAAUAAGUUUAGCACCUGUGUAAAGUAUGUAUGUACUGUAUGUAUGUAUGCAUGCAUUUGUCAGUUCAAACAUAUGCAUACACUUAUACACGCAUGCACGCACGCACGCACACACACACGCACGCACGCACGCACGCACGCACGCACGCACGCACGCACGCACGCACGCACACACACACACACACACACACACACACACACACACACACACACACACACACACACACGCAUAUGUGUGUGAGUGUAUAAGUGUAUGCAUGUGUUUGAACUGACAAAUGCUACAUCAUUAGGGUGGUACAAUAGGACAAGAUUAAACAGAGUUGGUGAUAGUAUGAGAAUCAGUUUCACUCACAGUCUGACCAGAAAACUCAUUUACCACAUUGUAACAAGUUUACAAUCAAAAAAGAAAACAUUUGGAUUGAACCUUUACUAGCCUGAACAUGUUAUGUAGAAUAGACAUGAAAAGAAAGAUGCCAUAUUAUUAAAGAAUAUUGGAAAAACUAGUUAAGGAUUUAAAACAUUUGUAAAAAGUGCAUUGUACUGUACGAUUGUAUUUUGUAAAUUUCACACAUGAAAAAAAAUAUUUUGAUCAAAUGUAUAGAUCAAAUCAAUCUACUUAUCUUAACUGGAAUGUUUUUGUAUUUGUUAUUUCUUUGUGCCAAAGUAUUUUCUUUUUAUAUGUAAAACAAACCUUUUGGAAAAAAUCUAUGCUUUCAAAAAUAACUGAUAUUAUUUAGUACCAUGUAAACUGAAAGAUACACAUGGCAUUAAAUAAUCUAUCUCCAUUUUAAAACUGAUGGAAGGUUUUAGUUUGAGGAAUAACCUUUAUCAAUUAAAGACAAUACCUCCCAGGCUUCUGUUCCUUAUACCAUUACUUUCAAAAUCAAUUUAGAGUAGCUAUAUGAAAAAUCAAUCAAAUCAAAUAAUAUUGACAUUGCAUGGUUGUCCUUCACCUACUUUAGUACUUCAGUGUACCAUUUUGGAUUUCCAAAAUGAAAGGAACAUGGUUUAUUUUAAAAAUUGACCAACUGUGAUAUAAUAAAAAAUAAAUGUUAUGAUUGAAUGAAACACAUUGGUAUUGUAGGAAAUGUUUGAAGAAUGCUCAAAAUAUUAACCAUGUAAUUACUUACAAGUGCAACCCGAUUUCAAAUUUAACUUGUGGUUGUUUCAUAUAUCUCAGCCUUAGAGGUAUGAUAUCGCCUAUCCAACAGUUUAAUUCAUGGGUCUGAUGCAGUGGUGUGUGACUUUGAGUUUGUUUUAAUGAGAUGUUUCAAUAUGGUUAAAUGGUGGAGAAUGUCAAAAACACCAAAAUAUGCUGUCAUCAGAAUCCCUAUCCCUUUUCUUUUACUCGUAUCUGUCAUGCACAUCUAAAUUCAUUACCAUCAAUUGUGAUGCAAGUAGAGGCCUUAAAAACACAAGAAUCAUACCAGAUGACUUAACAAUCCUAAAAUGUAAUUCAAGGAGCAAAAAAAGUGUGAAAAUGUGAACAGUUUUUUUUUCUUCUCCCAUGUCUCAACUUAUUUUGAAUUCAAUUUUGUCCAAUGCUUAUUUUUUCACAGUUUCUUUUGCCCCAUGUUGGCGUCUCUGUUGCUAUGCGGGUUUGGGUAUUUAAAAGAGGAAAGCACUGUUUUAUGUUCAUAAAAUACAUGGGUGUGUUUCAACUAGACCCAGAGCAUAUCAUUUUCUUGUGCAGAGGUGUGGGAUGAAAUGGGGAGCAAGCACGUCCUUUCUGAUGCUGUUAAGCAUGUGGAUCCUUGGUUUAUUCACAAUAAUUUAUAACAUGAAUAUUUGAAAUUCUUUCAAACUAAUUGUUGAGUAAUGCACAAUUUGGUGAAUUAUUAUUCUAUUCCAACUGUCAAUAAAAUCGUUUAGUCCUAUUUGUAACAACA